AUGGGAUCCUCUAAACUGGCCCUGCUCCUGGUCCUGGUGUCCUGCGUUGAGCGCUGCCUGUCGGCCUCCUGCGUCGUUGACAGCUUCUCCACCAAAGAGGACUUUGACCCCAAGAGGUAUGCAGGAAAGUGGUACGCGCUGCAGAAGAAAGAUCCCGAGGGUUUGUUCCUGCAGGACAACAUCUCAGCCGAGUACACCAUCGACGAUGACGGCUCCAUGACCGCCGCCUCCAAGGGACGCGUCACUCUGUUCGGUUUCUGGGUUGUGUGCGCCGACAUGGCCGCCCAGUACUCUGUCCCUGACCCUGCCAGCCCCGGCAAGAUGUUCAUGAACUACCAGGGCCUGGCCAGCUACCUGUCCAGUGGAGGUGACAACUACUGGGUGAUCGACACCGACUACGACAACUACGCCAUCACCUAUGCCUGCCGCACCGUGAAGGAAGAUGGUAGCUGCGAGGACGGCUAUGCCAUCAUCUUCUCCAGGAACCCCCGCGGCUUCCCCCCCGCCAUCCAGCGCACCGUGCGUCAGAAGCAGGAGGACAUCUGCAUGGUCGGACAGUUUCAACCUGUCCUGCAGUCCGGAGCCUGCUAG